UGGCCUGGUUUGCAUUCUUGCCUCGCAUCACACUGCACAGGGGCAGACAGGCGACAUGGUGCCCCCUCUCCCGCGUACCGUCAUCAUCGACUACUACGACUCGUACACAAACAACCUCCUCAUCCUCUUCACCCAGCUCUACUCGGACAGCGAGGUCCUGCGCAAGGUCGUGGUCAUCAAGGCGGACAAGUAUGACUGGCCCACAUUCCGACGCGAGGUCAUCCCCAACACCGACUGCGUGAUCCUCUCCCCUGGUCCCGGCCGGCCCGACCACCCAGCCGACAUUGGCUUCGCGCUCGAGCUGCUCCGCGAGCACCCCGUCCCCAUCCUCGGCGUGUGCCUCGGCCACCAAGCUUUGGGCGUCGCGUUCGGUGGCAAGAUCAUGAACACGCCCAAGAUCACACACGGCCACGUCGUCCGCGUCGUGCCCGUGUCUCCUCCCCUCGGGCCGUUCGCGUCCCCCAUCUGGCCGGCCGAGGCCAACGCCGGCUUUGACGCGGUCGUGUACAACAGUCUCGCGAUCGACCCCGCCAGCGUCCCCUCCGAGCUCGAGAUCACGGCCUGGUCUGACCCCCAGAACGGGAGCGAGCCGACCAUCCAGGGCCUGGCGCACAAGGAGUUUCCUCUCUGGGGCGUCCAGUACCACCCAGAGUCCAUCUCGUCGACGCGCGGUAACAGCCUCCUCCACGCCUUCCUUGACAAGGUCCACGAGUUUCACCACUGCCCGCCAGUGUACCCCCGCCUCGAGAAGCAGAUCGUGUCCGCGUGCACUUACCGUGUCGCGGCUUCGGCGGCCCCCACUCGCUCGACCUCGCCCGUCCCCGGCCUCAACCCCGUCCGCGAGAAGGCCAGAUUACAGCUUGCGGAACGCCGUUUCGGCGACCUUGGCAAGGAGCGCGAGACGAGCGAGAUCUACGAGCGUGUUGUGCGGACGGAGACGAACCGUGUCGGCGAGAUCUGGCUGGAUGGCAAGAGUCCAUCACGCCCUACGACAACGUCACUCACCGCGCCGACCUUUGUCAUCACCUACGCGCUCUCCACACGUACAGUAAACCUUUACACCCCGGCAAACCCGGAGACCCCAGCGGCCUCCCUCGUUCUACAUGGCGGUGAGACCUUCUGGUCAUGGUUCAACGCCGGCCAGUCGGCACUCGCUGAGAAGGUUGACGGUGAGGCUGGUGGCUUCCGCGGUGGCUGGGUCGGAUGGUUCACCUACGAGAUGAAGGAGGAGAGUCUGGCAGGUUACCGCCGACCCCCUCAGGCGGUUGUGGAGCGUGUGGACGCCGUGUGGUCGUGGUCCGACAAGGUCCUCGAGCGGAGGGAAGACGGCGAGUGGAUUGCCCGUGCCGUCAUUGCCGACUCUGGAUCGCCUACCGGCGCCGACAUGCUCGACUGGCUCCACUCGAACGGCGUCGAGUUUGGCGUGUCGGCUGCAUCAGCCGACGAGUUCAUCUCCAAGGCCGAGGACGCGCUCAAGUCCGCCCCCCAGCCCUUCACCACUCCGACACCCGCAUUCCCCCAAUUCCGCCCUCGCAUCUCGGGCGAGACCCACAUGUCGCGCAUCGACGCAUGCCGUGAAGCCAUUCGCGAAGGCGAGAGCUACGAACUGAACCAGACCAUGUCGUUCAUUGCCACGCUUCCGCCAGACUCGGACCGAUAUGCCACAUAUAUCCGCCUGCGGCGCUUCAACCCAGCAUACUACUCGACAUUCAUUUCUUUCCCCGGCAUCCUCACGCCAAAGGGCCGCGGCCUGCACGUCCUCUCGUCGUCCCCCGAGCGGUUCCUCCAGAUCAUCGGCGACGUUAUUGAGAUGCGCCCUAUCAAGGGCACUGCGCGCCGUGUGCAGCCGGGACAGUGUGUCUGUGUGCCCGGUAGAGGCUGUGGCGGCACCGACAAGGGCAGCGAGGCUUGCAUCGCCGAGGCCAAGUAUGAGGACGAGAGGCGAGGCAAGGAGUUGAGCGAGGACCUCAAGGAGCGCGCCGAGAACCUCAUGAUUGUCGACCUCAUCCGCUCCGACCUGUUAUCCUGUUGCGUGCCCUCGACUGUCAAGGUACCUCAGCUGAUCGCGCUCGAGUCGUACGGGGUACACAACCUCGUGACGACGGUGCGCGGCACGCUCGCGCCGCAGAUUGGCGCCGUCGAGGCCGUCAAGCGCUGCUUCCCGCCCGGGUCGAUGACGGGCGCGCCCAAGCUACGCUCGGUCCAGCUGCUCGACGACUUUGAGGAGCACUACCCGCGCGGCAUCUACUCGGGUGCGCUGGGGUACAUCUCGCUGUGCGGCAGCGCCGACCUGAGCGUCGUCAUCCGCACCAUGGUCCUCGAGGGCGACCAGCUCAGCAUUGGCGCUGGCGGCGCCAUCACGUGGCUGUCGGAGCGGGAGGGCGAGUGGAAGGAGGUGUUGACCAAGGUGCAGUCGGUUGUCGGGCCGCUCGAGGGGUUGUGAGGGGUGUGAGGCGUGAGGCGAGAGGGAGGUUAGACCUGCAUUAGCCUCUGAUAGCAUAAUACGAACUACAUUGCUCAUGGG